AUGCCAAAACGGCGUGAUACAAGCGAUCUAGGAGAGAGUUCAAGCGACAUGUUUUUGAAAAGAAAAAGUGUAUGGUUCCUGAAACAAAUGAGCAUACUGAAGGUCAAAGCGGACGCGAACAACUUUCAACACUUUGAUGAAUCAACUUUGGCGGUGCAGUUAGAGCAACUCGACAGGCUUCAAAAGCAAUUCGAAGAAACCCAGUCGCAACUUGAGAGGGAAGACGUAACGGAAAUCGAAAGCGAAGCAAGGAUGCAAUUUUCGGAGACAUACGUAUACAUAAAGGCAAGCAUAUCGUCGAUCUCAUGUGCUAGAACAUCUACGCGAAAACAUUCUAUGAAAGACGAGAUAGGCGUGCACACGUCGUCGUGUCCAAUUAAAUCGCGCUUGCCGGUUUUACAGUUACCCCGAUUUAGCGGAGUAACCACAGAGUGGCCAGACUUUUGGGCCAUGUUUCAUGUCAUCGUCGAUCAAGAACCGGUGUUGACGAACAUCGAGAAGUUCCAGCACUUGAGGUCAUGCCUAUCUGGUGUCGCAUUGGAUGCUAUCCGCUCGUUGGAAAUUAGUGCGGAAAACUACGAAAAGGCGGUAAAAUUAUUAAAGGUACGACUUGACAUUAAGAGAGUUCAGGCUCACAUCAAAGACAUUUUCGGGUUGAAGAAGGUGCCUGAUGGUUCGGCCGUUUGCUUGCGGGAGCUUAGCGGCAACAUCAGCAGUCAUCUGCGUGCAUUACAAACUAUUGCUACAAAUGAAGAGUUGCUAGAUGGUUUGCUUACGCAUUUAGUUAUCCCUUCGUCUGACACAUAA